AUGCAUACCGCCAACCUCGGCUCAUCGUUCUCCAUUAGCCUUUUCCUGUCUCAUUAUGUGGUGUUGGAUAAUUUUAUGUCCAACUCAGGGCCACUCAAUGAUUGCACCGAGCUGGUCAGUAAGUCUGCUCGACGUGUUUUCUCUGAUUUUUGGGCCUGCAUAGCAAAAAUCAUAGUUUCGUACCAUUUAUCAAAGACUAAACUAUAGAUUAUAAUUGGGUGGGAAAUGCCAGACUUAUUGAAACAGUUGAAUUUAACCGUUUCAGUUACACAGUUUUUUUAACAUUUUAGGUUCCGAGUGGAGCGAAGAAGCUUAUGGUUUUUUUUUUUUUUUUUAUAUCUGCGCAACUUUUCUACCAGAAGACUCGGUCAGAACUUUAAGUGUAGCACCUUUUCUGAAAGGAAAUCGUCAGUUUUCGAUUGUCUUAUCAAAUUUGAAAAACAAUGAUCAAAUAUGAGGAAACCCUAUUCAUUUAUUUUGCUAUAAAAUGACAGAUAUAUUGUUGACAAUGCAUCACUACCAACUUAACUUCGCUCAGAAUCAUUUUUCCGUAAACAAUGGUUCAUCUCAUUUUCAACGUUUUAUCUUCCUAUACUUAUCCGUAUUGCGUAUAACUUUCGGCCAAACGAUUAUUAUUUUCGACAUUAAUAUAAAUUUAACGUGACGGUUAUUAUUAUAUUUAUGUUGCAUUUCGUUCGCACAUUUAAUCCAAAAGGAGGCACUUAAAGCGCUCAAUAGUAACGAAGGGAGAAAAUAUAUACAUUUACCUGUAAAGUACGUAUUGUAUAGGAAUUAAAAAAUACACCACAGUGCGACGGGCUCGGUUUUCGAAGAAAAUUCGAGAAAAACAAAAAAAAAAAUUAUUUUCAUACAUUUGUUUGCAAAAUAAAAAAAAAAAACCAUCAAAUAGAGGGGUUAUUACUUAUUACUUUUAUGUCACACAUAAUGUAUCGUCCCUUUCACCGUCCGUCAGUGGUAUUAGUAUUUAAUUUAAUCCCGUUAAAAGUGCCUUCCCCUUUCAUCUCCCCUCCGGAAAUCGUGAAGUAAUUUUAUUCGAUCGCGUUCGUACGAUAGACUCGCAAUGGACUGACAACAAUGCGUAUGACAUUAGGCAGGUUUAUAAUAUAAAUACGUUAAUGAAAUACUAUUAUAUUUUUGAAACGAUCGCGGACAACAGGAGGACGAUACUACACACACACACAUACACACACACACAGGAAGUGUGGAACUUUUGACCCGGUUUUUUUUUUCUUCUUCUUCUUUCAAUAUUCUUUUCUAUUUUUUGUUUUUUUUUUUUUUUUUUUUUGUUUUUUAUUAUCCUAUAGCUGUUCGCCACCGUCGCCGCCCUCCACUCCCGACGACCGCAUACUCUGUCGUCGUUCGGACGGUCGCCGCGUCGGAUUUCCCUCUUUUGUUCGCCGAAAAAGUAUCUAUACGCGACCGGGCAAACGUUCCGUCGCCGUCCCGUAGACAAUGCAAUAUCACGUCGUCGAUUAGCAUACAAUGGAGUCGAAACGACGACGACGACGACGACGUGCCACCACCUCCUUUGGCAUCUAUGUCAGCACACUCCGAGUCAGCUCGUAUCCCAUUAUACAUAUAUAUAUACAUUUUUUUUAUUGCAGCCGAAUACAUAAUCGAAAAAAAAAAAUAUAUAAAAAAAAAAUGUUCGUCACUUCCGAAACUGUACGUAUACCAGCGAUACAAUAUAAUAUAAUGUUAUACAGGUAGGUUUUCGUUACGUCCCCUACCGUCCGAAAGGUUAAACUGCACUGUUCGGUAUAAUAUACGAUUCUAGGCGUAAACGUAAUAAUAUAAAAAAAAAAAAAAAAUAAUAAUAAUAAUAAUCGCCGUCGUCGUAUAAUUCGCAGGUGAGAAGGUGACGGCGACGACGGAACAUUUGUUUAAAACAAUAUUGUUAUCGAUACGUCUAGUUUUUCGCGUCGCGCGACAUCGUCAAAACGAAAUAACGCGGCGACCUACUGGCCACGUAAUAACAGCACUGCGGCUGUACAGUAGCGUUAUUCGGGCUGGGUAUCGGGAGGGGAAUGGAUAA